AUGCUGUUGCCAAUGAAAAAGCGAACAUCACGGUCCCGGUCCAGGUCGCAAUCUGUGAACUAUAAUGAAACAGUGGUACGGCAGACCGAUAGACACACUGGUCGAGGGUCAUCCAACGUUCAUAAUAAGGUAGCAUCUGAAUCUGGAAAUGAUCAACAACAACCAUCACGGCCACCACCGAAAAAACAAAAAGUAAAUUACGAGUAUCCAACUGUUGAUAGUGCAUUGUUGGAACUACCGUAUCGUGGUCUGUUUGAAUUGAGCGAUGCGAAUACCUACGAAUGCAUGCCUGAUGAGAAUUUCACUGAAUUAUUUCAAUCGUUCGUCAAUAAAUCAAAAAAACCUCAAAUGAGAGAUAGACUCAAGUACAUUUAUUUUGAUAACUAUGAGAUUGAAACGUGGUAUAAAUCACCAUAUCCGAAGCAGUAUAACUCAAAUUCACUGAUGUAUAUGUGUCCGCACUGUUUAUCAUAUUUUGCCUCGAGAUUUACCUUAAAUCGGCACCUCUUAAAAUGUUCUUACAAAUCACAGCCAGCCGGUAGAGAAAUUUAUAGAGAUGACAAUGAAAAGAUAUCAAUGUUUGAGGUGGAUGGAAGAAAGAAUGUUAUUUUUUGUCAAAAUAUAUGUUUGUUGGCCAAACUAUUUCUCAAUUCAAAGACUUUAUACUAUGAUGUUGAACCAUUCAUGUUUUAUGUACUAUACGACUACUCCAGAGGUGGUUUUAAAUUUGUGGGCUACUUUUCGAAAGAAAAAUUGAACUCAACGGGUUACAAUUUAUCAUGUAUUAUGACAUUACCAAUAUAUCAACGUCGAGGAUUUGGUAGUUUCCUAAUUGAUUUUAGCUACUUACUUUCACGGAGAGAAUUCAAAUUGGGAACUCCUGAAAAACCAUUGAGCCAUAUGGGAUUAUUAAGCUAUCGAAGCUAUUGGAAACUUGCAAUUAUUAGGGAAAUUUAUAAGUUGUUGUAUGAAUCCAAUAUAAAGUUUGAAGAUAUUGAGGGCAAAGAUCCACAUUUGAAGAAAUUUCAGUUAUCAAUUGAUGACUUAUCCAAUCUGACGGGGAUGUGUCAUGAUGAUGUAAUUGUUGGGUUGGAGCAGUUGAAUUCGUUAUUGACUUACAAUAAUGGGGGAAAAUAUUCUAUUAUUUUCCAUGCAAGUUUGGUGAAAUCUUUAUACCAGAGUUGGAAACGAAAAACUUCGAUAAAGCUGAAAAAGGAAUUAUUAUAUUGGAAGCCCGUGAUUUUAGGGCCUUCUGGUGGAAUCAACACUAACACCACAAUGGUUUUAUCAGAUAAUACUAAUGAGGGGCAAUUGAUGAAGAACGUAUCGGUCAUAGUCAACUUUCUUAAAGAUGAUUUAGAAGACGAUAGACCACUAGAGGAGUUGACGCUAGAAAAAGUACAAACGCAACAAAUUAGUGGUAAAUUUGUUGACGAUACAUUGGCGCAAUCCUUGGUUUGUUUUCCCGGUAUAAAAUUUAAGAAAUCAGAGGCGAAACAGUUUAAAGAAAAUGGUGUAUGUGAUUCAACCAUAAAUGAAAAUUCAUCGGAUAUGAUAGAUACGGCAAAUGUGGUUGAUCUUGAUGAAUUAAUUGGUGAAUCGGGAGAUGAUACUGAUGUUGAUGACGAUAAGGUUGACGAUGACUACAUUUCUGAUGCUGAAGAGGAUGAUUACGAAGAUGACGAUGAAGAUGAGGAGGAUGAGGAUGAUAUUGUUAUUGACUAA